AUGGAGCCGCGUCCGAGUCUCAAGAAGUUAGCACCAGCACCGGCCCAGCCUAGCACGGCCGGUGGUGGUGAGAGUCUGACCCAGAUUUCCUUGCCGGUUCCGGGCCCUCGCAAGAACCUAACGAGAAAUGCUUGCUCCCCGUGCAAGGGUAAGAAGGCAAAGUGUGAUGGGAAUCGACCAGCUUGUGGAAGAUGUCAAAAAACCGGCGACACGUGCGUAUACGAAGUAAACAAACGAGAUAUCGUCAAACUACAGCUAUUGAGCGAUUAUGAUAUAGCUAGAUUACAGAAAUUCGAAGCAGUCUUCGGUAUUUUACAACACGGGACCGAUCAACAAUCUUCCGAUGUGAUAGCCCAAAUCAGAUCUGGAGAACCACUCGAAUCGCUCGCAUCUACUGUGAAUUCUUCUUCUGAUACUCAGUCUUCCCUUGCAUCUUCGUCCGAGCAGCAGCUAGUCGCGAUAAGUCUGGGGUCCAGCGUGGCCCGCGGCGAUUCUGGAGACUAUCCCCCAAAAUUUGAGUCCCAAGGCUUCUUAGACCUUCUCUUCGACCGAAAUGACUGGCUCCAUCCCACCGAAGGCACCGUCGGACAUGACCCGCUAAUAUCUCGGGAAGAGAUGCAGGAAUUCGUACCUAAUCCUAUGACACUGCCGACCAUCGACACACAAUUUGAUUCUAACCAAUCCCAUUUUGUUUCCCAGAAGAUCUACGACUUUUCGAUUCUCACCGACCAGGCCACAAUACCUCAAAAGGUCCCAUUCUCAGGGCAUCUUAACGGUCACCAAUCCCCAAGUGCCAGCAGCGCGGAUGGCGAUUCAGCGGCCUACCAAGACGGAGAAACAUCGUGCAACUAA